CAGGCUGCAGCUGAGGAGGAUGCUAUGGCGGCUCCCACCCGGUUUCGGACAGGCAUGAAGAGCAGAGGCGCGGGCCAAGCAAGUGACAGAAGGGAGACACGCGGACAGCGGGACGGGGAUUCGUUGGUCCUUACACUUGGGCCGAUUGUUCAAGCGUGGAGGGGACACUGAACAUUCGGGCUUUUAAUGGCACGCGGGGCUGCGAAAGGCAAGCCAAGCUCCAGUGCCGUCUGCGUUGCCCUCCUCAGAUCGAGACCACCGAUGCAAGGGAACGCCCCCGAAGGUGCGGGUGCUGUGCACGUGCCUUUUGGAUAUGUCGUAGCCAGUGAGAAAUGGCGGGGGUCGCAGCUGGCGCAGGAGAUACAAGGGAAAAUUAAGCUCGUGUUUGAGGAUGGCGUGGCGCCGGUAGAUUUUUACCUCUCUAACAGAGCUGGCAUCCUUUAUAUCACCGAAGCUGAUUUGGUGGCAGGAAACAGCUACAGAAAGAGGCUUGUUCGGGUUAGAAACUGCAGUAACCUAAAAGGGAUUGUGAUAGUUGAGAAGACACCGAUGAGUGAACAAUACUUCCCGGCCGUACAGAAGUUCACGGUGCUGGACCUUGGGAUGGUGUUGCUCCCGGUGGCCAGCCAGCUGGAAGCCUCCUGCCUCAUUGUCCAGUUAGUUCAAGAGCAAGCCAAGGAGCCUAAUAAGAACCCUUUCCUCAGAAAGAAACGGACUCUGCUGUCUGAGCCCUACCUCCUUCGAACUGUGCAACAGAUCCCAGGAGUUGGAAAAGUUAAAGCUUCCCUGCUGCUCCAGAAGUUCCCCACUCUCCAACAGCUGGGUAAUGCUUCCAUCCCAGAACUGGAGCCGGUCGUUGGACAGGCAGUGGCACAGCAAAUCCAUGCCUUCUUCACACAGGCCAGGUGAAGAAUGGCCAUGUUUUCCCCUUCAGAUCACAAACUAUAGCAUUGCAUGUGGAAGAGGAGUGGCAGGUGCCAUGGCAUUGCAGGUUAAGCCUCCAUUUGGGAAGGCAACAUCUUACAUCAGAAUUGUUUGUGUGCUGGUUGCUCCGUGCUGAUGUGCCUGGGAUGCAUCAGAGGAUGGCCCCAACUACUUGGAUGCUUGCCACCCGCAUGGAAGACCCAUAUGGAGUUCCUGUCUCUUGGCUUUAACACAGCCCUAACCAGCAAGAUCUCUUUGUCUCUCUCUGAGGCUUUCAAAGAAAUAAAUUUAGCAAUUAAGACGAAAACAGAAUGCCACCUUCAUAGUAAACCUGAGUGAGCCUGUGAACUGCCCUGCCUCUUGUUUGGGUUUAGACAUGGGGCCCAGAGGUGGUACUGCCCUCCUUCUGCGAAGAUGAAAAGGGCCUGGCUUUGCUGUGGGAGUUGCAUGACUUUCCUUCUCAGCAAAAUGUCGAGCACAAGAGAUUUCAGUGAGUGACUGUGAGCUGCAUCGUCAUGGAAAGGUCUUGGGGAACGUUCAGGUGGCAAGUGUGACCAGCUGAAGGCACUAUGUACAGCCAGCCUCUUGUGCCAGACUGCUAUCCUGGCUCAGGGCUGCUGCUGCCAAUGUAAAUAAACAAGGGUAUCACAGCUCCUUCCUUCCCAUUGCGCUGUUUGUUUUGAAGUAGCCAUAUGUUUUGUUUAUCAUCAAUGGGUGUGUGUUGAACACAGAAGACUUGUGGUUCCCGUGUGAAGAUGCAAAA